GCCUGGUUCUCUCUGUUCUGGUUCAGCAGGAUUAGCUACAGGACGGAGGACCGUGACAGAAAGGAUUUGGUAUAAAUCAGGUGGCGCUCCUCUCCCUCGUUCCAACCUCCAGGAGGGUCCAGGACUCCCUCACCGACACACACACACACACACACACACUGUCUCACGCGCACAGACCCACGCACGCGCGGCCGUCAGAGAAGCGCUCGAGCUGCUGAGUUCACACACGGAGCGUGUGAGAGGGAGCGCGCGCACCUCAGCCUCCGCUUCACCGUCACCGGGACCGGAGCCGCUCGCAGUGUGUCGUAGGAGUUGUUGUUGUUGUUGUUGUUUGUUUGUUUGUUGGUGUCAUGAGCUUCUGACAGCGGCUCCGGGCGCCGCCGGCUCCUCCUGAGCGGAACAUGAAGCGUCUCUGUCGGAAGCUGGCGGUGACCGUGGCGCUGCUGGUGUGGCUGGGAGCGCUCGUUUACCUGCUGGUGCUCAGCCGGAGGAGGCUGCCGGAGCUGGGGGCCGGGGCGGGAGGAGGCGGAGGAGACACGGUCAACAACCAGAUCUCGGAUGCGGAGUGGGAGGACAUGUUGGAGGGGUUCGACGAGCGGAGUUACCUGAGCGCUCGGCGCUGGAAGCCCGGCGACGACCCGUACACCCUGUACGCCUUCAACCAGAGGGAGAGCGAGCGCAUCCCCAGCAACAGAGCCCUGAGAGACACGAGACACUACAGAUGCACCACCCUUCACUACGACUCUGAUCUUCCUCCAACCUCCAUCAUCAUCACCUUCCACAACGAGGCCAGAUCCACCCUGCUGCGCACCAUCAGGAGUGUUUUAAACCGAACUCCGGUUCAUCUCAUCCAUGAAAUCAUCCUGGUGGACGACUUCAGCAACGACGAAAGUGACUGUCAGCUUCUCAUCAAACUGCCCAAAGUCAAAUGUCUCCGCAACAACAAGAGAGAAGGUCUGAUCAGGUCCAGAGUGCGAGGGGCCGACGCUGCGAGGGCCGGGGUCCUGACCUUCCUGGACAGUCACUGUGAGGUCAACAAGGACUGGCUGCCUCCGCUCCUGCAGAGGAUCAAACAGGACCCAACCCGAGUGGUCAGCCCGGUCAUCGACAUCAUCAACAUGGACACUUUUGCCUACGUGGCGGCCUCGGCUGAUCUCCGUGGAGGUUUUGAUUGGAGUCUCCAUUUCAAGUGGGAGCAGCUGUCGCCGGAGCAACGGGCUCGUCGGCUCGACCCGACUCAGCCAAUCAAGACUCCCAUCAUUGCAGGCGGGCUCUUUGUGAUUGACAGGUCCUGGUUCAAUCACCUCGGCAAGUACGACACCGCCAUGGACAUCUGGGGCGGAGAGAACUUCGAGAUCUCGUUCCGGGUGUGGCAGUGUGGCGGCAGUCUGGAGAUCCUGCCCUGCAGCAGAGUGGGUCACGUCUUCAGGAAGAAACAUCCGUACGUGUUCCCCGAGGGAAACGCCAACACCUACAUCAAGAACACACGUCGCACAGCUGAGGUGUGGAUGGACGACUUCCGACUCUUUUACUACUCUGCUCGGCCUGCAGCUCGAGGGAAAUCCUACGGAGAUGUCCACGGACGAGUGGAACUUCGCAAGAAGCUCAAGUGCAAAUCCUUUAAGUGGUACCUGGACAACGUUUACCCAGAGCUCAAGGUUCCAGAUGACUCGGACUCUCAGUCCGGGCCAAUCAGACAGAGGCAGAACUGUCUGGAGUCUCGCAGGCUGGAGGGGCAGGAGCUGCCCGUCCUCACGCUGGCGCCCUGCAUCGGAACAGAGGGGGUCCCCGCCGUCAACCAGGAGUGGGUGUACACUCACGGGCAGCAGAUCCGUCAGCAGCAGCACUGUCUGUCUCUGUCCACCACCUUCCCCGCCUCCCAGGUCCUGCUGCUGCCCUGCAACAUGGCCGACGGCAAGCAGCGGUGGCAGAAGUCCGGGACUCACUUGGAGCACCUGGUCUCUCGGUUCUGUCUGGACUCGGAGAUGGCUCUGGACGGGAUGGACUCCUCGCGGAUGCUGGUCAUCAGCCCCUGUGAACUGACGGCGUACACACAGAGAUGGGAGGUGCCCUUCUCCUGACCCCCACUCCCCUUCCUCACCUUUUGACCUUUCGCCUGCAAAAAUCUGCCCUGACGCCGAUUCUCCAGCUCACGACCUGCUGCUCAGACGGUGAAGGUGCAUGGCUGCGUCCUGUCGAGUUGCUGCGGUGACGAGAGUCGAACAGAAGGUCGACGAACGCUUUGUCUCUUUAGCGUUAAACAUGAGAAGAAAUCGAGUAGAGAACUUCGGCAGGUCUGAAAUCCUGAUUCACACAGGAUGGAUGCUGGAUCGAAACUUUGCCGAAGGAGAAGACGCAUCAGGAAAGUUUGUUUGGGCUGGAGAUUAUAUCCAUAAAGUUGAAGAGUCGAAUCAAGUGCACCUUAAAACCUUGAACUGUCAAAGAUUUGAGUCGGACAGAAGCUUUGCUCGAGGAAACAAAGUUAAUCAGAGAAUGUGUCCUGGAAUCUUUUGCAAUGAAAGUGUUUGUUGUUGAAGCGGUUUGAGAAUUUGGGAAUUAAAACCAAGCACAACUGAAACUUUUAGUUUACUUGGUCAAAUAUCUUUACGACAGUAACCGGACCUUCUGGUUUUGUCUUUACACUGAAGCACAAACGAUUAGUUUCACCUCCUCCUGCUCUGAAACUAUGAAUUAUAAGAUUAACAACUUAAAGCCACACGUCCAACUUGACGCUCACCACAAAGUCCCAGUUUACACGAGUUUAUCAACUGGAUCAAACCUCUGACUUGAUAAACAUCUUGAAAAAAAAUCUCUAAAUCAAAGCUUUCCUAAAUGUAUUCACCUGUUGCAGGAUUAACUUAAAGCGUAACAAUGAUUCUCUAGCCUGUACUUGAGGGUGAGGCUCCCCCUACAGCUGGAAUGCAUAAUUCACAAAUAUCGGACAAGCUGACGGAGGAGAAACUGGAAACCGUGGAAACCAAAGAACCAGGUCGACUGACGAGGUUUUUGGAGUCUGGCAGUAAACGUUUGCACGUUCACUGUGUUCAACUCAGAGUAGAAAAGAAGCAUACGAGCUAACGAGCUAUUACAGCGAGCGAGUAGCCGACGCAGUUACUGAUAUCCGAGCAUGAUGUGUUUCAAAUUACAUGGAAUUGUUUGGCUGACUUGUUAAAGCUCUACUGAAAUGGGUUUAUCUGCUUCUGAUAAACUUCGAGAACUGCACACACACAACGUCAAGCAGAGCAGCACAAGACAAAGCAAACAAGCUAAAGGUCUGAUGUCCAAUAACAACAGCACCAGGGACAAAUCUGUCCUUCAUCCUAUAGCCUCUCUCAGCUUUGGUCUAAUUUGGCCAAACAGCGAGGUGAGAGAGUGUCGAUGGGUUAGUGACGAUAAACAUGAAGCACCAGGGGAAAAACAGGGAGGCCAACUCGUCUACUGGCAAUGGAAAAGGAAACAAUCACCUUUUUAACGGGUUUACCAACAUUUAAAAUAACCUGCAUUUACCUGAUCAUUUUGGUGUAAAAGAGGAAUAAGUUUGUGUCGCAUCAACGUCAUUUCAACGCCGUAAUUUGAAGGUUUUAAAAACGACAGUGUUGCUUUAAAGAAACGCUGCUUUGUAUCGAAAACGAGUAAAAGAUGAAAUUCUGUUAAGUCUUGAUUUGUCUGGAUGGAGUCAUCGCUCAUCACUGUCUGGUACAGUUUCUAUAUUAAGCUGUUAAAAUGAUCUGGUUCCGUUUCUGCUCUGAAGUGGACGUUUUGUCGGCCGCGGGCUGUUUAGAUGACGAUAACUUCCCUGCAUAAGCUUUGGCUCCAGCGGCUUCCUCGGCCAUGUCCGCAAAUGUGAUGGCAGGAGAAGAGAGGAGCACGAAGGAGAAGGAAAGACAUGAGGGAGGACGAGACCCAGGAGGACACAUUAGUUUCCAACAGAGGAGUUCAGUCUGCAGGCGACACGAUGAACAGCAUGAAUGCAGCACAUCUCCUGCAGGGUUUCCUGUCGCAGAUGCUCCAGAUGUGAAGUGCUGCUGUGCAUGUGAGGGUUUUGUUUCACACGCACACCUUAAUUAACUCAAUCUAACUGGGAGAAAAGCUUUACUCACUAUGGUCUUUCAGUCACUGUGAUGAAGAUUCAACUUUGGAGGAUUCACAAAAGUGUUUUUUGCUGUUUGAGGUUUAGUUUUUAAGAGGUUUACAAUCUGAAAGCAACCAAACCUGACAUUGUUUGAAUUUUUAACAUGUAUCUCUUUUGUUUUCAUAAUUAAAAUUUCCAAUUUUCAACCCAACUGAAGUUAACUUCUGACCUGAAAAUGUUAAAGGAAUCUCUAAACCACCCCGACAGUCACUUUAAACGACACGCCCUUUUUUGAUUCCUGAUUGUGGAACCAGAUUCUCUGUGUAUUUGACAUCUUUGAUAUCACGUUUGACUCUCAAUAAAGGUUUUGUAAUGGU